AUGGCAGCACUCAUUGAUGAUGCCGACGACGAUGCCGGCGAAAUGUCUGAGAAUUUACCAAGUCCACUGUCUGAUGGUGGGAAUCAUUACAACUACUAUGGCAGACGACUUCAGAUUAGGUGCGUUCUACGAAGUCGUCCUGACAAAAAGACCAAGUUGCAACAACGAGGUCAACCCACUUCUAUAAAUCGAAAGGAGACAGAGGCCACGACAUCUUGA